CGGUCGGCCAGUCGGGUUAAUAUUUUCAUAAUCAAUCUGGCUGUGGGGGAUCUGACAGUUCUCUCCUUCACCAUGACCACGGAGCUCCUGUUCGUCGUCCUCAACCAAAGUUGGACGCUUGGGAAUGUUGUCUGCAAGGCAGUUCUUUAUAUCCAGAUAAUCACUCUAGCUAGCACGACGUUCAUCCUGACGGCAAUGAGUGUCGACCGCUACCUGGCCAUUUGUAGGCCCCUUAAAAUCAACUCGCUGAACUUCAGUCCCCGUAAGAUGAUCAUCCUUUCCUGGACUCUGGCCCUCGUCUUUGCCUCCCCCCAACUUUUCAUCUUUAAACAAUCGGUAGAGGGGGUGUAUCCGGAUGGUCGGUUGAAGUUGGAGUGCGCCAGUAAGGGAUACACGGAGUGGUGGCAGAGGAAGAUGUACUUCACCUUCAUGACAGCCUACAUACUUCUGAUCCCAUGCUUCGUUAUCUCAUUUUGCUACAUCAACGUCGCCAGGAUCGUCUGGAGACAAACAAACAUCGUCCAUUUGAAGCAAGUUAAAAAUAAUUCCAAGCUGCAGAGUGGCGGUGGCGAGUGCGGUGCCAAGUUGAAAACGAUAAAAAUGUCGCUCAGUAUAAUAUGUGUCUUCGUCGUCUGCUGGACGCCUUACUUUGUGGUCCACCUCGUUUACAUCUGGUCAGAGUACACCUACAAAAUACCGAAGUGGCUGUUUGCCUGUGCCGACACCACCGCCUUCCUCAACAGCGCCCUCAAUCCCAUCAUCUACGGAUUCUUCAACGUUAAAUUUCGGAAGCGGAAAUCGAAU